CCACAGAUUAAAUGGGCUUUUGAAACUAAAAUAAUUUAAAAACUUGCAUGCAGGGCGUUGUUGCCCGGCGUUGGCCAACACUGUGGCUGCAUUCCGCAACACCUGCGCGUUCACCAACACUACACCGCUGAACGAGAUUCCUCCAUCCACCAUCCAUUUCUUUUAUUUAAUUAGUUUUAAUUUACCUUUCUAACUCUAAUUUAUUGGAAGCCUUUUCAUUUCGCUGCCCCUGUCUUCGGUUCGGUUCAGUUCGCAUCCAAUCGGUUCGGUUGGGCCCGAUCCUGAAGAUCAGUUACAAAAAAGAGUCCAAACCGAAAGAGCGACUCUUGUGUGGAAAAUUGUGAGCAGGGGAAAAAAUGUCGAAGAACAAGAUAAACACAACGUCCGCUGCAGCGGCCAGCGGGGACACGAAUCUGAUCGAGGUGAAAUCGAAGUUCGAUGCGGAGUUCCGCCGUUGGAGUUUCAAGCGCAACGAGACGGAGCAGAGCUUCGACAAGUUCGCGGCUCUGAUUGAGCAGCUGCACAAGCUGGCCAACAUACAGUUUCUCAUCCUCUAUAUAGAUCCGCGGGACAACGAUCUGCUGCCCAUUAACAACGACGACAACUUCGGACGCGCCCUGAAGACGGCACGCCCCCUCUUGCGGGUCAUUGUGCAGAGAAAAGAUGAUCUGAACGAGUACUCCGGCUUCGGCACCAUGAAACCCAGAAACCUAAUAGGCAGCAUACUUAUGGGCCACACUCCGGUGAAGACAAAGGCGCCGUCUAUUUCCAUACCGCAUGAUUUCCGACAGGUGUCGGCCAUCAUAGACGUGGACAUUGUGCCGGAAACCCAUCGGAGGGUGAGGCUCCUGAAGCACGGCAGCGACAAGCCUUUGGGCUUCUACAUUCGGGACGGAACCUCGGUGCGGGUAACAGCCAGCGGACUGGAGAAACAGCCGGGAAUCUUCAUAUCCCGCUUGGUGCCGGGAGGCCUGGCGGAGAGCACCGGCUUGCUGGCUGUCAACGAUGAGGUGAUCGAGGUAAACGGCAUCGAGGUAGCCGGAAAGACUCUGGACCAAGUGACCGACAUGAUGGUGGCCAAUAGCUCGAAUCUGAUCAUCACAGUGAAGCCGGCCAACCAACGGACGCUGACGUCCACGCACCGCGGCUCGUUCUCCAGGAACAGCCAGCUCUCAAGCAGUUCGCAUCACACCAACAACACCAACACUUCUGACGAGAUCGAGCACGACGACCAGGACGACAUAGUGGAUCUCACGGGAGUCACGUUGGACGAGAGCCCCACGUCCUCCGCCGCCAAUCACAACCACCAGUCGGCGGUGGCGUCCCAGCCGUCCCCACUACCCUCGUCCCAUCACCAGCAGGCGGGCUCAAACGCCUCCACGAUAAUGGCCAGCGACGUCAAGGACGGAGUGCUCCACUUGUAAGAGCCUCGCGCCGCGGACAAGGCAGAACCACUGCAGCUACGAGAAGAGACAUUUCGGUUUAGCAGACUUACCUUUUCCCCACAUCGAUAAGUUCGUCCAACUUGAGUCAAUUAUUUGGAGUUAGGUCUGCUGAAGACAAUCGAAUAUGCAUCGCUCACUUAGAACAGGACUGGCCAACUAGAACAUAGGCACUCCUGGAGUAAGUGAGGGAUCUGUAGAAGUCGCUCAUACACUUAGUCAUACGACUCCCCAUACAUUCCGCACACAACUCGCAACCCCAACACACUUAUUCAUUUGCACGUUUUUGAAUGCAGUCCUUGUUUUUAUCUUUUCCUUUCCAUAUAUAUAUAUAUAUAUUAUGUGUAUUUAAAUUUGUAAGAUUUACGUCUUGUUAUGCUUACUUGUUGCAUUAGAUUAAAGUGAGACAGCUAUAGCGAGAAGGAGAGAGAGAGAGAGAGAGCAUCAAAUGCAGAAGGCAGAGUGGUAGGAUGACCAACUUAUUCGAAAAUCAAUCGGAAUUGUACGACCAAAUCACACGAACACGACUAAUUUAUAUCCAAAACAUUCCAUUUUAUGUACUUUUACGGAUCAGUAGACCCUACUGAUCCUCGAUUAUUUUUAUCCUGAGAUGAAAGUGUGCGAGUGUCCUUGUAUGUCUGCUAUGUAUUUUUAAACCGUUCUUGAAUUAUUUGGCAUUACAUUUUGUAGUUGAUUAUUUUAUCUUAUACACUGUAUUUUUUUUAUAUUUUUAACAUUUUUUUGUCCCAAUGUGUCCAAUACUCCUUUGUUUGUAACGAAAGCUAACGAUCUACGCAGCGAGCAACGACGAUAUCGAGGAGAUAAAUUAACAAACGAAACACCAACAGCGCCUUCGCCUUCAAGAGAGCAAUUCGAUACUUUAUAUAUAUAUACAAGAGGAUAAUACUUUAUUUUAUACACGUAUCUAUGUAGAGUUAGUCGAAGUCCGGGUACGCUUUAGUCAAAUCACACGGAGGAGACAGACCCCCGGGCGGAUGCCGCGCCAUCCGCUCGGCUUGAAGUUAACAUACCACUAUACUUAUGAGACGGAAAGGCAAACCUAAUGCUAAUAACCUUAGAGAUCGCACCUUAUCAUAACGAAAUAUACAUAUAAUAUACAAAUAUAGAUAGCAAGGUCUAGACUAGAGACAGAAGCGAAUCUGAACUAUACCCCCAUGAGUAUCCACAACGUCCUCGCCCACAUCCCAUCCCCACAAGCAUAUCCUCUAACACUGUCAAACAAUCAAAGCUUCUACCGAACAAGAACAACCUAUAGUCUCCGGAAUUCCCGAUCCAAAAUCUUCAAGUCGCUCACGCAUCUACGAGAGAAUAAAUGUGUGUUCUAGCUGAACAACAGAAAAGACAGAACUUAUAUUUGGAUGUAUGUAUUAUUAUUUUUUAAUAAACCUAAGUAAAAUUGUAA